AUGGCAAUUCGAAUAUCCAAAUUAGAAGACGAACAAGAAAAUCUGAAUCUAUACUCUCGAAGAGACUGUUUAGAGUUCCAUGGAAUACCAGAGACGCCGGACGAGAAUACAGACGAGUUGGUCAAGCAAAUCGCCGAUUUAAUGGCAGUUGAAAUUAACCCAACAGAUAUCUCGACAAGCCACCGUUUGCCUUCCAGAAGAGGCAUCAUUCCUACAAUUAUUGCAAAGUUCGCAAGACGAAGUACUAGAGAUAAGCUUUAUAACUCGAAGGGAAAUUUAAAGAAUCGUAGCUCGUCUGACCUUGGUUUUGUACGGUCUGAUAAUAAGUUAUAUGUUAAUGAAAGCCUUACGCCGAAAGCUAGAGAACUGUACCAUCAAGUAAGACAAGUUCGAAAAGCCCAUCGUUUUAAAUACGCUUGGACAAAAUAUGGUAAACCCUAUUUAAAGAAGGACAAUGCCUCUCGAGCUAUAUCAUUCGCAUUGCUGAAAGAACUUGAUGAUUUCAAAGCAAGCAUACCAACUCUAUCUGGGCAAGUACCAUAA